GACGUACUUAAGACAGCUUUUCUGCUUUUAGAAACAGGUGACAUUAGAAAAUCGUCUUAUCUUACAGCUGACAAUAGGGGGGUCGAGUGAAGGUCCUUUUCUAGAGAUUCGAAAUUUGACGUCGGCUUGUACAAGAAUUGCUCGAAGCAAGGGUAUUGAUAUGAAGGCAACGUUCACCAAUUAAACGUCGAGAACAGGCAGAGCAACCUCAGGCUCGUUACAUGAGUGUUGGGGUAAAAGUUUGACGUGGAUUUUAGUCGUAUACCAUAUCAUGUUUUAUUAAAAGUCAAUUUCAAAGAUGCGAAACCCAGCGGCCGCUGAAGACGGUUUUAGAGCGGAUAAUGCAGACAGAGGUGCCAUAAGAGUGAACAAAGCUUACAUCAAGUCAAUUCGUGGAAUAUUGAAGAUCGUGGAAUUUAUCCUUUUAUUGUUAGCGUUUGCUAUCGCCGUUGGCAUAAGAAAAGACAUGGAAAAGAAGGGAGGCAUGGAAUUUUUCCUUAUUGUUACCAUUCUUUCGUGGCUUUUUGUAAUCGCCUGGUUUGUGUUAUUCACCUUUAAUUUGCACAAAAGGAUCAACCUCAAAGAAAAACACUGGAAUAUUACGCUCCUGAUCUUUGCUGCUGCAGUGGCUUUUUUUUUGCUGAUCAGUUCGGCGUUUUUGGGUGAUGAUGUCAAGAAAUUUAGGGGGUAUUCUACUUCCUUUAUGGGAGCUUCCACCCUGGUAUCAUUACGAGCGGCCGUGGCCUUUGGAUUCAUUGCCAUGUUUGUGUUCAUUGGGGAUGUUGUUGUGGAAUUCUUAGAAUUUACUGGAAUGGUGAAACUUCAAACCCUUUCCUAAAGAUGCAAUUUUUUUAUCCUUGGACCACCCUAAAGUCGGUUAAUGCUCUCUUAUUUCCUCGAUUUAUUUCUUCGUCGAUAAUAUCUCACUCUGCAGGUCGCAGUUUCUGGAUGUCUCAAAUCUUCAUUCCUACUUAUAGUGGUGAGAGCCGUAUAUCCUCUCUUAUAAUCUAACAAAAAUUUUUGUACGCGUUCAAUUGGUCAAAACGCAUCAUGUGACCGAAAAUCCUUUAACUAAAACUCAGGGAAAUCUGAGGAUAUACCCCUGGUGAUAUUCCCCCAAUUUUCAAACCCUACGUCCAAUACAGAAAACUCUGCGUUUAAAGUUUGAUUCAAGGGAAAGCGUUUUGUUGUUACAGAAGAAACAUGCGUUGAAAAAUAUCAGGAGGAUGAUAAACACACUAGCUCCAUUUAGCACGAACUUUGCUCGUAGAAAAGGACAUGAACUGUUCUUCAAAGUUCACAGUUUUCUUCGAGCUUUGCGUUUGGAAAAUAGUUUGCAUCUCGAAACAGGUAACGUCAAUCAAUAUCCGUGCAUAGCUUCGCGCCAAAUGGAGGCUAUCGUUUAAUUAUCAUGAUACAGCUUCUAACUGUACAGUUGUUGAGAAUAAAGGAAAUUGUCACCCAAAACAAAAAAAAAAAAAAA